AUAGAGAUCUUGAUGCCUAUGACAAUCCUAUCACCACUUUUGUACUAAAUUCGACAAAGGUCGCAUUUUAGUUUUCUAAAUUCCCUCAAAAUUGUAACGUAAGCUCUUUGGCUGGACUUUUCAAAAUUCUUAAACAAAAAAUGUCCAACAAUAAGGCAUCCUCUUCCCGAGGCCGACAUCCUGGGAUUCAGUUCAGCACCGCCAUGGGAACGCCGGAAACCAAGCGCAAGAUGCUUCUCUAUAGGCGAUUAUUGUGCCGGGAGUUGGCCCGUGAUGGGAAAACUCCCCAGGAGAUCGCCAGGGCCAGAAAUCUAACGCUUCAGGAGCAGGAUCAGGGCAGGUUUCCGAAGGCCUGAAUAUGUCCAUCCAUAUUACGAAUAUUUUAUGGCAGAAGAGUUUACGUUUUAGCACUCAGGAAGAAGUUGCUCGUCCGCUUCUCCUGUUUAUUUUGGUCCUAUUUGAAUUAUAAUUAAAUGGUUUUUAUA